GAGGUAUCGACUACGAAGAUAUUUUUUAUUUCAGCCUUGAUGCAUGCUGUAGUCUUCGGUAACGUGACAGCCAUCAUUCAGCGGAUGUACUCCAGGAGGUCGCUGUACCACACCAAAUGGAGGGACCUCAAAGACUUUUUCACCCUUCAUCAGAUCCCAAAAGAAUUGAAGCAAAGGAUGCAAGAUUACUUUCAGACAACGUGGUCGCUCAACCACGGGAUCGACAUACAAGAGACUUUAAAAGAGUUCCCCGAAGAGCUCAGAGGUGACGUAUCCAUGCACCUCCAUCGCGAGAUCUUGCAGCUGCCUAUUUUUGAAGCAGCUUCUCAGGGGUGCCUGAAGCUACUCUCGCUCCACAUUAGAACAAACUUUUGCGCCCCUGGCGAGUACCUCAUCCACAGAGGUGACGCACUGAGUUACAUCUACUACAUCUGCAACGGGUCCAUGGAAGUGGUGCAGAAUGAUAUGGUUGUGGCUAUUCUAGGCAAAGGCGACUUGGUAGGCAGCGACAUGAAGAUGCACCUCCAAUCGAGCAGCAUGGGCUGCAAUGGCCCUGGAGGAGGGGGUGACGGCCCCCCUGGGGGUACCGGUGGCCAAAGAGGAGGAGACAUCGUCAUCAAGUCGAGCAGCGACGUUAGGGCGCUCACCUACUGUGAUCUCAAGUGCAUCCACAUGCAGGGGCUCGUGGAAGUGCUCAGGUUGUACCCUGAGUACCAGCAGCAGUUCACUAAUGAUAUACAGCAUGAUCUUACUUUCAACGUUAGGGAAGGUUACGAAGCCGAGGUAAGUACUAUACAACCACAAAAUUGGCAACUCAGAAGCUACACUCAGACAAAUUCCCUAAAGCGAUUUUCAGCAAUCGAUUCAUAAGCGAUCAGCUACGGC